UGCGAAGUCGUCUUUCACCAGAGGUGAAACAGGUUCCCAAGAUGGCGAGACCCCACACCCUGCUAUACCUCCGCAUCGCGAGCAUGACGGACGACAGAGAUUUUGGGGAGGCUGGGCCAAUCCCUUCUCGAUGUACUCCGAACCGGCUGUCCGAACACCUGUUCGCUGAGCUGCAAUGGAUCCACUGGUGAAGGCACUGACCCGCGAUGAAAGCACAAGCGACCGGCGGACAGAUUAGCUAAGUCCCCCCAGCCACCCGCACAGAGAGUUUUCCAGCGCGCAAAAUUCGGCCUCCGGAGUUCUCUCGUACACCAUCUUUCUGGAUACGUUUUGACCGUAUAUUAUUCCUUCAGUCGAUAUCUCAUACCCUGACGAUCACGAUGUUCAGCCCUGACCCCGAGUUCGACCUCUUCGGCGAAUAUACAAAUGAAGAGGUGGGAUCAUCCCCGCUGCUGGAUUUAUUCGUCGAUUCCGACAUGGUUCGGUCUGAGACUCCCCUACCAACACUCGACUAUGCCGAGACCCUCCGGGCUGAGCUCUUCGGUGCCAGCGCGUGCGUUCUGGAAUCUAUUGAGGGCUUUCAAUACGUCGAGACGAUGCCUUCCGCCAUUCAAGAGACUGCUGAGGGUGUCCUUGGUGACCCAUUCACGACGCCACCCCCUUCCGAUUUCCAGCCUGUUGCAAACAUUCAGACUAGCUUUGGAUGGGCCUCUCCUUCGUUCUCGAGCCCUUUCGGCGACAUUCAGGGUCGUAUCUAUACGUCUGCUCAUCUCGAGCCGCUCGAGGGCCUCCAGCCUGCUUUUUCAGUGGAGCCUCUGCCGGUCAGUCCCGACACUGAAUCCAUCCCAGCUGGUCCGAGUAUGCAAGAUUUGUUGGCAGAGAAUGCGCGUUUGCGUGCCCUGGUGGCCUCGCAUGUAGAGCCGAGCACGCCCAAGAUGACUCCUCGCAAGAGGACUGCUGGCAUCUCAUCCAUCGAAGAUGACUCUCCAAGCAAGAAGGUCUGCCCUAUGACGCCCGCAACAUCAGAUGCUGCUGCUCAGCAAACCUCAGUCGAGGCCUUGUGGUCUUCGAGUGACCCACUGGAGCAACAGUUGGAACAUCAGCAAGAGCUGGUUACACCCAUGACCCACGGCCCCACCACCAGCGUCAACACCAAGCUCAGAUUUGACGGUGACUACGUUGCUGAAGAGUUGGCGAAGGUGCAGGAGUUCAUUAACACCCCGCCUCCACCGUCGCCUCUUCUUCCUCGCCACACUCCCAGCAUGAUCAUGCCGGCGCCUCCCAAGUGUGCGAUGCUGCAGGCGUCUCAGCCUACACGCCGCCAGACAUUCUCCCACGCCGGUGCCUCGGCAUCCUUCAGUAACGAUAUCCCGUCUAGCUCAGUGCCCAAGCUCGCUAUGACUCCCCAGACUUCAAGUCCGGCUGCAAAAAAACCUCGUGCGAAGCGUGCGCCCGCGAAGAAGGCCUCAGAGAAGAUCGCAACCGUCAAGAAGACACCAGCGAAGAAACGCCAGCGCACCAAGUCAGCACCUGCUUCAACACACCAGCGAAAGCGUUCAGUCGAGGAGAUCUACACUCUCAACUUCUACGACCUCAGUCAAGAAGAGAAGGCGCGCUUGUUGCUCCCCCUUCUCCAGGGCAUUGACCCCAAGGCUGCCGAUGUCGCAGAAGCGGAGGCUCUCGUUCAGACUGCUCAAACCCAGUCUUCAGCUUAUGCUCCCGCUACCAUGCAUCCGGAACAGACUGCGCAGAACAAAGCAACCAACGCUCGCGCCACAGACAUCCAGAUACCCGCCGCCACAUUCCCGCAACAAGUUUCUCCAAUCACUCCUACCGCCAAUACCCAGGUCACUCGGUUCCCCAGCAAACACACUACUCGCACUAUGACGCCCAGUCAGAUCACGGAGCUCUACUCUCCCCAGACUGCGCAGUUCAUCUCGCUUGGUUUCCAGCCUGCAAGCCUCUCGCCAGUUCAAACCAACUCCUCCAGUUCUCCAGCUCAUGUUGGCGAGUUCGACGGUUCAUCACGCGCUGAUGUCUCCGCUGUCUUGGAACAUGUUACUACUACACCCCAGACUGUGCAAGUCGACGAGGAUGCUUAUUUCUUCACCCAGCUCGAACAGUUCAACAACGGCGAUCACACUAUUGAAUGCAUGUCGCUAGGUCAACUCGCCACAAACAACGAGGCCACGCAGCUCGAAGCGGAUAUCAGCGUGGGAUCUGCGCAGCUCAACAACGCUGGCCACACUCCCGAUGCAGACAUUGAGGACGUUUCCUUCACCUUAGCUCCCACCGCUGACCUCCUAGCCUUCGAAGCGGAACUUGAUGCAGUCACCAACUCUCCCGGCUCAGCUGCACAGUUCAACAGCCCGUUUGAGCUUGAUGCAAUUGCUCGGUUCAACAGUGGUUUCAACGAUCUGGAUGUGCACUACCCACCCCAGCCAGACAUUCCUCUCUCUAUCUCUCAGCCGCGUUCUCAGAAGCUUCGCAAGAUGAAGUCUUCCUACGUUCCCGAUGUCCCCAUCGCCAUGAUGCAGCAUACCAUUCCCCGUUCCGCGACGCAGCAUUUCUGCAUCCCUGCUGCAGACAUCGGUGCGACAAGGCAGCGCGAGGCGCUGGAGAAAGCUGCAAGGCUACAAGCUCAAGGACGGAAGCGCUGAAUGAGUAUUCAAGCGUCGAGUGGUUACUGUGGUGUUUUACAGCCAAAAUGUGUAAGGCUCAUCAAUUGCUUCGCAUCGGCAGGCCUGACAACUACCAAGCUAUUCUCAUAGCAGACAUAUUGGCGUUUUCUCUGUUUUAUCUUUUUCUUGCAUACCACCCUGGGUAAACACUCAC